UUUUCUGUGAACAUACAUUUCUUCUCUCAUUUUCAUUGUGUCUGUGACUUUUAAAGUGGAUUGACGUUCUGCGGAAAGUUGAGCCGAGAAAUUUGAGAGCUAAAAAAGUUGUGAAUAGGAAAAUCACAAAAGUGCAGUGGCUGUGUUGUAUGGGAGAGAGUUUGUGUGUGCAUAUAUGCUAAAGAGAAAAAGAGAGGAAGACAAGUGGCAUUGCUGCAAUCGCAAAUAACUAAAUUUGUUCAAUCAACAAAGUCAGAGACAAAGAAAUACAGACCUGUGACUUCAGCAUAAGGACAAUAUGUCUACUGUGGAAUCCUCUAGUGCGGCGGUUCAGCAGCCACCCUCGUCCACAUUGCCAAUGUUGGGCGAUAAUCAAGUGAGCACUAUGCAAAUGCAAAUGCAGGCCUCAACUUCGUCAGCGGGAGGAAGCGGUAGCAUGUCGGUGGGCGUACCGUUAGAUACGCAAGGCAGCGGUGAGCCACCAGCUAAGAAGCAGAUGCUCGAUCCGAACGCUGCCUCUUCAUCGUCAGGCUCAUUGUCAGGCGGUGGGGGCAGCGGUCCAGCUGGAGCUGGAACCGGAACACACGAGAAGCUCGCCUAUCGUAUCUCGACUGCGCUAUGCUGUGCUGUGUGUCUGGAUUUGCCCAAAACGGCCAUGUAUCAGUGCCAAAUGGGUCACCUGAUGUGUGCCGCUUGCUUCACCCACCUCCUGGCGGACGGACGCCUACGAGAUCAGAUAGCCACAUGCCCGAACUGCCGUGUGGAAAUAUCAAAGAGCACCGCAUCCCGUAAUCUGGCUGUGGAAAAGGCGGCUUCCGAACUGCCUAGCGAAUGUCAGUUUUGCAACAAUGAGUUUCCAUACAAAUCUCUGGAACGUCAUGAACAGCACGAGUGUCAGGAGCGACCCACAAAAUGCAAAUAUCAUCGUAUUGGCUGCCAGUGGCGUGGACCCUAUCACGAGACAACUGAACACGAACGCAACUGCUUGCAUCCCCAAAAAUCUGGCUAUGAGGUGAUGGCUGCCUUGGAGGCGCAUGAUGUCAAGAUCAAAGAGGAAAAAAAAAUGUUUAAUACAUUGAUAGAUCUACUGAGCUACGAGAAAAUCAUUUUUAACGAUCUACAGAUGAAACCGUAUCGCACAGAUGAGUAUGUGCACAAGCUGUUCUAUGAGACGGCCCGUUUCUCAGCAUUCAACCAGCAGUGGGUGGUAAAGGCUCGCAUCAAUAACAGCCAGCGAGAUCCGCAUCAGUCGAAUGAGCGAACCAUCACCUAUCAGCUAAUAUUGAAGACGAAAACCAGCACACCCAUGAGCAUACAUUUCUUUGCACUCAAAGGUCCCUUCUCGGACAUGAAGGUCUCUACGCAGAUAUAUAAGCACGAGUUUACGGAAACGAGCACUGAGAGUGAUUAUUACGUGCUACCCUUGCCUGAUGGCAACAGCACUGGCUCCAGCGAAUGCAAUCGUAUGCUGGCCAACAAAGGGAUUAAUUUCCGUUUACUGAUGUUUCUGCUGAACAAGUAAAGCGCUCGUUACAUGCUAGUAGUAAAGAUUUUUCAACCUAGUUUAAGUCUGUUGUUUCUAACUCAUAAAUGUGCAAAAACUAGAUAUAGCCAAAAUAUAUAAAUAUAUAUAUAUUUUGUAUCUUAAAUGUACAUGUACUUUCAAAUAAAAAAGAAUGCAAAAAAAUGAAAAUCGAAAAAUCACCACUUAAUACUAACAAUGACGAUAGUACUGUAACGCGUUAGGUUGUAAUUGUGACCUAAGUUUAGAUGAGUUUUAAGCUUUAUAUUGCUGGCAAAAAGAAUAAGUAAAUAAUAUCCCAUACAUGCGAUAUAUUUAAUUAUAAGACACAUAAAUUAAUGUAAAUGAGGCGUUUCCAGAUUAUGUUAAAACCCCAUUUAAUGCCGUAAACACAGAGCCAUAUGCAGAAAUCUACUAAUAUAUAUAUAUAUAUGUAUGUACAUUAUAUAGAUCAACAUACAAGUCGAGAAUACAGCUACUUUAUAUAUGUAUGCUACGUACGUGAUUGAUAUGUAUCGAGUACAUCAGAAAUGCCAUUUGAAAACAUGAAUUCAAUAAUAAUUGCAAUAAAUACAAAAUCUAUGUU